GAUCAUGCCAUUGUACCAGUCUGGGCGACAAAGUGAGACUCUGUCUCAAAAAAAAAAAAAUUUUUGCAGCCUAAGGUAUCUUGCAGCUAUUGAGCCAUUGCAGCUGGAAAGCAGACAGUCUGUAAACAAAUGGGCUUUGUUCCAAUAUAACUUUAUUCACAUAACGGACCACUAGCCCAGGCAGUAAUUGCUAACCCCUUGCCUACAGCCUUGAAGGCUCGCAGGGGCAUUGAGUGGGCUGGAGAGCCUCUGUGGCAUUAGAGUUGAGGCAGGGCAUGAUCUGAUUUCAGUGUUCACAGGAUCACCCUGCCACUGCAUGAAGAGGAGGCUGUCGGGUGUGAGGACGAGGGCAGAAUAAGGGUGACCAGUUGGGAGGUGGCAGAUGAGGGCCGCUCACCUCACGAGAUGCCUGUUAGACAUCUGGGUAGGCGUGGAGGAGGUCGCUGGACCUGCAUGGUGAGAUCUGUGUGCAGAUCAGCCGAGAGGUCUAGGGGGCAGGAUGGGGCAGCAUUUGACCUGGACACUUACCAUGGAAAGAGGGGUGAUAAGUAGGGCAGGGAGAGGAGCCCCUGAGAGACCAGAACAGUGAGGGGCAAGCCCCAGGCAGCUGGGACCAGGCCAAGAGCAGCCAGGAGUACUGUUAAAGGGAAGGGGUAGGGAUCAGAAUGGGGUGGGGUUGAAUGAGAGCCAGGGCAACCUGUCCUCUCCCCGCAGGGCCCAUCUUAUUAAACAGACCAGGCCACUCACUGUGGGGUGGACCAAGGACACCCCUGUCCCUGAGCCCAUGGAGCUAAGGUCUGAUGCCAGCCACAAGGAGAAUGUGUCCCCAAAGCCUGCAGUGCUCCUGAAGCCAGAGCAACGAAGAUUCCGGAGGAGCCUGGGGAUCAGCCUGAGCAGUAGACAUGACCAGUGGGUGCCCGGGUGCCAGGUGGAGAGGGGAGGGCGUGCUGCCACACCCUCCCCAGGGGCGGUGCUAGACCAGGAGCCCUGCCGAGUCCAGACCAACCUGGCCAGCCCUGGUCCCCGCCUGGGCCUAGCCCUGAAGGACACGACUGGCCGACUGGUAAAUUCAAGCGUCUGGCAACAGAGCAACCUGCAGCCUCCAGCCCGGAGGUGCCAAGGGAAGGCUCAUGAGUUUGCCAUUCAGCAGAGCAACCUGAGCAGCAGGGAGACCAGCAGCCCCCACCUCUGCCCAGAGCCUGGGGGGAGCUUUGGGCCCCACAAGCUGCCCUGGGGUCGUCUCCUAUCCCAGGAGCCACUGGCUCGCCCAUCUCCCUGUCUGAGGCAGUCCAGGCUGCCGGCCCCAGGCACCCCUAGCGGGGACUUCAGGCCCACUGAAGCCUUUGCCCCUCUUGAUGGGCGCACACGGCCAGGCCUCAGAUUCUGGGGUGGCCUGGGGAGCUGGAGGUCCAGGCUGGUGGGGGAGCCUCUCACCCUGGAGGACCUGGCUAUCCCCAGUCAGAACCAGACUCGGGCCCCAUCCCAUGCUGCCAUCCAGCAGCUGCUGGCUUCUGUACGUUGCCUGGCGCAGGAGGCAGCCAGACUCAGGUGCCAGGCACCCCAGGAACCUCCCCGUGCUGUGCAGCAGGACCUCUGGACCAGCAGUGGCCAGCCACUCUCCGCCCACCAGCCUCUCCUUGCUUCCUGGGAUGAGAGGCGGAGAUGCCUUCGAGGCCAAAGGAAAACUGCAGCUUUCUUGAAGACCCCGGCUAGUCUCUCAGACUCUUGGGCACAAAGCAAGCUAAUGUCACCUGAGACCACUCUGGGGACACUGACUGGGGAUUCCCUUAAUCCUGGGCAGGGGCUCCCUCCCGCCCACCCCCUAGGGUCAGGAGACAGCUGCUCCCCCGUGUCUCCAGAUGGCAGGGCACAGAAGGGUGACCCCAGUCUCCCUCAAGGGGUGGGAAGCAGGGGGGCCGGCCCCUGUUCCUCAGCCUUCUCCAACACAGCCUGGGGAAUCCCACCCAAGCAGAAAGGAGAGGAGGGGGCCCCGAGGGAGCGGGUCCACAGGGAGGAGGAGAGGACGGCUUUCCAUCUGCCAGACACAAUCUCAGCGAGCAAUGCCUCGAAGAACAAGGCACAAAACAUUGUAGCCCCAGAGUCUGAGGCAACCUGUUGGCAGCUGUUGUCCAGAUGUUUUCGAUCUUGGAGGCACUUGGUGAAGAGGCAGUCGGAUCCAGUGGUGGCGGCAGUGGCACUGGGCCGCUGGCAGCUGUUGCGAAAGGGCCUUCAGGCCCUGUGGCUCCGGGAGGCUCAGCUGGAGGCAGCAUGCGGGCAGUACACAAAGAUUCUGCUGGCCUGGAGCUUCCGAGAGUGGAGAAACCUGGCUUUACAGCAGAAACAAGUACAGCCCCACAUGCAGGCUGGGCCAGGGUCCCCGCCCUCCAGGAGAGCCCAGGGCCAAGGCCCCUCCUUGGGAAGAAGCACAGUGGCGGACCUCUCCCAGAGAAGCAGGCUGGAACACAUCAGUCCAGGAAGUCUGAGGGAGGAGGAGAGAGCUCAGUGGCUUCUGUCACAUCCUGGGCAGAGAACAGACAGCAGAGAUGAGAGAGUCCAGAUACUGGAGGCCCUGCAACUGGCGGUCUUCUUCCUGUGGUGCCAACAGAAGGAACGGGCCAGACAGCAGAAGGAGAGUCUGCGGAAGGCCACCAGGGCCACACAGACGACAGGGAGCUUCCCCCAUGCCUGGCACUUUACUGCUGCAGGUGCAGCCUGGGUGGCGCCACUGAGCCCCCAGCACCAGAGAGCUUGGCUGUGCAGGUGCUUUGGAGCCUGGCAGCAGUUCGUGCAAAGAGGGUCCCGGUACCGAGACCACCUGGCUGACCGCCGGACGGGGACCCUGAGGAAAUGCCUGGAACAGUGGGUGCAGAUGAAACAGCUCCGGGACUCAGAUGGGGCAAAGGUGACCCAGCUGUCCCUCUGCCGGCAGAAAGCAGGACGUGAGGCUCUCCACACUGCAGGCCCUGCAGCCUGUGGCCUGGGUACAGUGGGCCAGGCCCAAGGGCUGCAGGAGCAAGGCCGGGGCUCUCUGCAGGAUGCUUGCCGGACACUGGCCCUCUGCCGGGCGCUGCUGCUGUGGAAGACGCGGCUUUUCCAGUGCCAGUGGGCCAACUCCUUCCUCCAGGGCCUGCAGCAGCGGAUGCUGCAGUGCAGCCUGAGAUGGUGGCACAUGAGGGCAUUGGGCCCAGAUGCCACAUCAAGCUACAGCAAGACACCCUCAGCUCCGGAGCCAAUGGGCAGCAGCACAUCCCAAGGCUCUCUGGAGAAGGUUCCCAGGGCCCCCACCCUCCCGGAGACUCUCCAGGGGAGCCUUCUGUGGGCAGCUGGGCAGCGGCAGCAGGGGCAGUGCUUUCGGCUCUGGCGGGCACGGGCCUGGCAGUUCCAGGGCACAGCCAGGUGGUACCAGCAUACCCUCCAGAGGCGCAUCUUCCUCAGCUGGAGCCGCUGGGCAACAGCCCAAGGGGCCUGGAGAGAGCUGGCUUCCCACUGGGCCUGGGAUCGGAGCUGCAGGGCUGUGCUGGGCCUGUGGCGUCGGCGGCUGCUGCAGUUGCGGCUGGUGGAGAGGUGGGCCCAGGAGCGGGGCUGGCGACUGGCACGAGAUGCCCUAUGCCACUGGCACUCCUCUUGGCAGGGACAGCAGUUCCUGCAUGAAAAGUGCCAGACGUGGGUGCAGGGCCACCUCCAGGGCCUGCAGAGGGCUGUGUUUCGGAGCUGGCAGCAGGCAGCAGCUCGUCAGAGACGCACAGUGACCCGGCCAGAGCAACUGCUACUGCAGAGCUACUUCCAGGCCUGGUGUGAGGUUGUAAGAGACACAGGGGUGCUCCGGGCCCAGCGUCAAGCCUUUCAGGAUGACCUGAGGAGAAGGGCACUGGGGGCCGUGUUUGCCACAUGGCGGGAAGCCCAGGCAGCUGCAGCCGGGGCACAGGAACAGCAUGUGGCCCAGGCCUCCCUUGCCCACUGGAGAAGCUGCGGGCAGCAAGGCCAGGAAGAUGGGCAGCCAAAGAAGGCCCGGGCCCCGCAGGCCUUCCCAGCAUGGCCAGUGGCCCCGGACGUGCACCGUGAGGCCCAGCAGCAGGAAGGAGAGAGUGCUGGGGCCCAGGCAGCCCGGUGCUGGGCACUGUGGGCGCCCAGCUGUCGGGGCCAGGUCAGCCAAGUCCAUGCUUCCUGGAAGCUGCGAGCCUGGGUCCUAGAAGCCUCGACGCAGUCGGGGGCUUGCGGCGGUGUCCAACGAGCCAUCGUCACCCAGCUCCGGCAGGCUGGGCUCAGACGCUUCCUGCAGAUGGCGCGGCUCAGGGUGCGGCUUGGACUGCGGGCCAAGGCCCCAGGGGCCGGCAAGGUCCGCCCCAAGCCCCAGGCUGACCUCACGCUCUGGCCCCGGAUGGCCAGCAGGGGGAGCCUGCUGCUGGACGCCCCAGCCCCUUGGAAGCAGGUGAGGGGAGCGUAGGCAGGACGGGAGGUCCAAAAAUGACCCUCGGACCACCGGCCUUAGAAUCAGCUUGAUCCGGCCCAUGGCGGCAGCAUGGCUGGAUGCCUCCCCAGGGGCCCAGCAGCUUUGUACACACCACCUCUCCCCGGUUCUCAGUCAGCCUCUGACAAGCAACUCUGAAUCCAUCAGCAAAGAUGAACCCAGCACCUCUCGAGUGCCAGCCCACUGCAGGUCUGGACACAAAGACCAGCGUGUUGGGUCACAGCCUGUUAGGGAGACACUGAAAUGCAUGCUUUCGCACGGUGCAGCUGAAGAUCAGGAUAGGUACACGGAACAGUAGCAUUUUUUUUUUGUUUUUUUAUUUUUGAGACAGAGUCUGGCUCAAUUGCCCAGCCUGAAGCAGAGGUGUGAUCUCAACUCACUGCAACCUCCACCUCUCAGGUUCAAGCGAUCCUCCCACCUCAGCCUCCUGAGUAGCUGGGACUACGGGUGCGUGCCACCACACCUGGCUAAUUUUUGUAUUUUUAGUAGAGACGGGGUUUCACCAUAUUGCCCAAGCUGGUCUCGAACUCCUGAAUUCAAGUGAUCCUCCCACCUCGACUUCCCAAAGUGCUGGGAUUACAGGUGUGAGCCACUGCACCAGGUCAAGUUUUUUUUUUUUUUUUCUUAUUGGAAAAGUGAAAUAUGCUCAUUACAGAAAAGUCAGAAAAUAUAAAGUAGAAAAAUACCAAAAUCUCUUUCAUAAUUCUCUCUACCCAACGGCAUUGGUCAGUCCCUCUCCAGACCAGAAGCAGUUAGUUCUGACACCAACAAAUGGUGAUAAGAGGUUGAUGGCCUAGCAAGAGGGAAGAAGCCACCACAAAACCAAACAGAAAAUGACACUGCACAGCAGUCUGGGGACAUGUCCUUGAAGGACACAGCCCCAAAGAUACUGGCAGGUGAGGUAGUGUCCCUAAGAUCAACAGGCAUCAUCAGGAAUCUUAUUUCAGAAUGCCACAAAGAAUACAUUUUAGAGAAGGUUCUAAGAGAAAAAGCUAAGGUGACUUUUUUCGGUCGUCGUUUUUUUUCAGACAGUGUCUCACUCUGUUGCCCAGGCCGGAAUGCAAUGGUGCAAUCA